UGAGCUUUAGAACACGUUUGUCUGUGACAUAAAAGACAAAGUUAUACAGGAGGGUGCCUCUCGCUGCCCUGAUCACAGCCCGCAGCGAUUUCCCAGCUUCGGGGGAUCCCCGCAAUGGAUACAAUUUUCACAGCUGGCUUUCUGUGAGGGGCCCCUCACUGACACGGCGUUCAGACUCACGGUCACAGCGCGGAGAGGGCUGAUAGCUGCUGCUUUGUUCUAGGAGCUGGGAGGACAGCUCUGUCGGAGGAAAGCAAGGACCUUUAGACUGAAGCAGCAGUUUGUAAUCAGAGUGGGGCCGGAGGGCAGCACAGAGAAGCCAGGACUGACAGCAACCAUGAACCAGGCGAAACCUGAAGACAACAAGGCAAACAGCUCGGCUGUGGCGCUGGUGGAGAGCAAUGCCAACCCUGCUGGCCUGCAGCUGGUCAGCAGCUACCAAACCAAUCGCGUCGGAGAUCCUCUCGACAUUGUAGCUCUGGCAGAGCAGAUCCAGAAGGCGGAUGAGUUUGUACACGCCAAUGCUUGUAAUAGACUGACUGUGAUCGCCGAGCAAAUCCAGUACCUCCAAGAGAAAGCCCGAAAGGUCCUGGAAGAGGCCAAGAGGGAUGCAGAUCUCCAUCACGUUGCCUGCAAUGUUGUGAAGAAGCCAGGCACAGUGUACUUCAUGUACAGGCGGGAUUCUGGCCAGCGGUACUUCUCCAUCCUUUCACCAAAGGAGUGGGGGCCGAGCCCACCUCAUGAGUUUCUUGGUGCGUACAAGCUGCAGCCUGACAUGUCAUGGACACCGUACGAGGAGAUAGAGAAAAGAGAUGCCGAAGUUGGUCUCAUUAAGAAGCUCCUGACCCAGCAGCAGACACUGCCACACAACACCGAGCCCAACUUCCAGGGACUCGAGCCGAUGAUUCUCCCUGCCAGCAAGAACAACCUCAAAGAUCCAAACGCGUCCUGAAAAAGCGGCUUUGAUUCCAGAAAAUAUUGAGUCCUCUGGCAGUCAUGCGGGAUAAUUUUAAAACCUUGUUUCAUGCCUAUUUCUUUGUAAUUCAUGGUUCCAUUUUUUUUCAGCAACACAGCCUGGUAAUGACUGAGCGCGCUAACAGUGAUAUUUUCAUUUGA